AUGUCUCAAGCAAGUUCGAUAGUACUAGCCAUCACCAUGGUGGCAUCGGGCUACUUGGUCACGAUUUGCUGUACAGCCCCAAUUAAAUCUCCAAAAGAAAGCAAACGCAAUGACACCGACCGUCUUUCAAUCAUGGCACGUCUUGUUCCACUAUUCUUUCGCCAACUCUCAAUUCUGGCUGUUGCAUAUCAAGCUUUGCUGGCGAUUACCCCAGAAUAUGCGCCAAGUCUCACGACGAAGAUCUGCCCCCAACCAGAGAACCUUAAUCCAGAUAUUUUCUCAUGGAGUUCAACCUCGACCAUUGCGCUCUCUCUAAUAAUCAUUGGCGCCUACGCGAGACUGUCCGGAUAUAAUGGACUUGGUCGGUACUUUACAUUCCACCUUGUAGCACCAGAUCAGCUUGUGACGGGUGGAAUAUAUCGUCGGAUGCAACAUCCAAGCUAUACCGGGCACUUGUCUAUUGUGGCUGGCUGUACGAUGCUGUUCAUGAGAUGGGACGGAAUCCCUGCGUGUUGGGUUCAGGAGUCGACUUUAUCUAAACUGGCGGGAUGGGGAGUCCCUGCUUGGGUCUCAUUUAUGGGUUUAUCUAUUUGGUUGAUCCUUUUGAGAGUGAAGGACGAGGAAGACAUGCUGGAAGAGAAAUUCGGCAAGCAAUGGGAGGAAUGGCAUCGCUCAACGAAAAGAUUCAUCCCUGGAUUGUUCUGA